AUGGACCAGCUUAUGGCGGCAAGGGAGCAGGGCAAACUGGCAUACUUUAGCUACCGCACAUUGGUGAUUAAAGAAAAAAGUAUAAAACCGAAAUCCACUCCAAACAUGACCCAGCCUGCCCCUCCUCGGCCCGCCACACCCCCCGAGGCCCCACCCUCCACGUCCCUGAACGCAUACCCAGUACUUACGCGACGCCCGUCUGCAGCGAAUCACGUCUCCGUGACUCGCCCGCCACCAACCGCCUCCAGUGCCGCCCCCACCUCGGGUAGCGGGUCAACGGAAACCACCCGCGACCACGACACCGCCCACUCUGCAAAUGACCUCUCUGAGACCACCUGGCCAACCCACACCGGAGCCGUGCCCAAGAGAAGCACUGACGGUACUCAUGACGUCGAAGAAACACUGCCCUUGGAAGGAGCCACAGGACCCUUCGCUGCCACAGACGCAUCGUGUCCUUCCCAGAGACGAGUGCAGCAGACAAGAAAGUCGACUGACUUCUACCAGGCACACUGA